AUGUCAUACACAGGCUCUACUUUCCCAGCUAGCUCAGCAGCUCCACCUGUCAGCAACACGGAUGCAGUUCCUACGUCCAUAGGUACCCCCUCGUCAGGGCCAAGCUCUGGUAACCCAGCCACUCCUUCAACACCAGGCUACGUACCGUCCGGCUCAUCCGUGCCACCGAGCAGCAAUACGGAUUAUGUGCCCACGUCUCCGGGAGCCGCCUCCACCGGCUCAAUGUCGAGUGGCUAUGUCGUGCCGCCAGCUAGCUCAGCUGGGUUAGCAAGCUCUAUCACAGAUGCCGUACCGACUUCCAUCACAGUCUCAUCGCCCGCAAGUCCAUACCCAAGUGGACCAACAGUGUCAUCGAGCUACUCGGCUGCCCCAUCUCGCCCUGCUGGACCGUCUUCCAGUGGAUACCUCGUGCCAUCAGGUAGUUCAACUGCACUGACAAAGUCCAACACGGAUGCUGUACCUACUUCUCUUACAGCUUCUUACCCAAGUGCCAGCUCUGCUAUACCCUCUGGAAGCCCUUCAGCCGGACCUUCAUCGAGCAACUACUUUGCCCCACCUGGAAGCUCUAUCGAAGCUGCUCCGACAUACACAGGCGGAGAUUCUACAUCUUCUACCGCCACAGGAUCCUCGGGUACCGCCUCUGGCACGAACUCAGCGUCAUUGUCUACUACUCCUGGUUACCCAAGCCCCUCGCCCACAACAGGUCCUGUAUCCACGGUCAUCGAUAGCACUAUUAGGAUUACGAGCUAUCAGACACAGACUCUCAUUUCGUACAUCACGGCAGGGCCUUCAGACGUGCCUGGCAAUGACACCAACACCAACACCAAUACGCAAGCUAUCCCGACCAGCGUCCCUUCAGGUGUCUCUGGUGGUCCCUCUGGAUCUGGUUAUCCCUACCCAUCUGGCGGCAUCAACGGCACGAUUGUUGCCCCCUACCCCAGCUACAUCGAAGUGCCCAUCAACACCGGCCAUGUCGUCGGUGCCGGAAAGAGUUCCCUCGCGGCUAUUGUCGUUGCUCUCGUCUUCGCUCACUUUGCAUAA